AGGUUUGAAAAUCAACUGGAAGAUACAAAUUUCGCGAAAGGAUUACUGGGUACCUACUGUGUGCCAUGCACUAGAGAUAAGAGACAUGAUUCCUUCCUAGAUGAGUUCAUUCCAGACCCAAAUACCUCAGCUACACUAAGGCAAGUCUUCCCGUGACCUCUAAACUCCUUUGGCAUUUAUUAAGAAUUUUCUAAUUCAAUUGUGUUAACGGUUCAGGGCUGAGACUGUAUAUACUUUGAUUCUCCACGGUUCCCAACAAUUCUCAGGAGUUUACUACCCUCCUAAUGGAUCACUGCAUUGGCCCCCCGCUAUCUCAGCUGAACUACAAUAAGUUAAAGAAGUUUAUUCGAAGCCGAAACAUGUGAAUCGCGCGUUUUAGGAUGACAGCGUCCAGAAGAGCGCCUAGAACUGCCUGAAAUUGUAACAACUCUUCAAGUGUCCGGAAGCGUUUUCUGAGAUUACGUCUCUGAGCAUGAGCGGAAGUCACCCUUUGAGCAAUCUGCGGUUUAAUUAUAUUCAGGACAGAGACAUCCGUUUCCAUUCUUUUCUUCUCGUUGCACCCAUAAGCAAGUGAUCAGGUGACAAAUUUCUCUUCGUUACUAUAAAAUAAAGAUCGUAUUCAAAGAAGUUUCAAGGCAGCCCAACUCCCCAUCGUCCAGUAGUAAAGAUGGAGGCGCCCUGAAUGUAAACUGCAGGUAAUACCACUUCCGUGUUUCUCUUGCGCCCUGGUCCAAGAUGGCGGAUGAGGCCACCCGGCGUGUCGUGUCUGAGAUCCCGGUGCUGAAGACCAAUGCCGGACCUCGAGAUCGGGAGUUGUGGGUGCAGAGACUCAAGGAGGAAUAUCAGUCUCUUAUCCGGUACGUGGAGAACAACAAGAAUGCAGACAAUGAUUGGUUCCGACUGGAGUCCAACAAGGAAGGGACUCGGUGGUUUGGAAAAUGCUGGUACAUCCAUGACCUCCUCAAAUAUGAGUUUGACAUCGAGUUUGACAUUCCUAUCACAUAUCCCACUACUGCUCCAGAAAUCGCAGUCCCUGAACUGGAUGGAAAAACAGCAAAGAUGUACAGGGGUGGCAAAAUAUGCCUGACUGAUCACUUUAAGCCUUUGUGGGCCAGGAAUGUGCCUAAGUUUGGACUAGCUCAUCUCAUGGCUCUGGGGCUGGGUCCGUGGCUGGCAGUGGAAAUCCCCGAUCUGAUUCAGAAGGGAGUGAUUCAGCAUAAAGAGAAAUGCAGCCAAUGAAGGAUCAAUCCACUGAGGCAGGACAGAGGGACCUUCCAUAGGCUACGCUCCUGUUUUCCUGUGCAUCAUUCUUUUUACUCAUCUAACCACUUCCCCCCACACCCCUUCACCCAUAAUUGUUACUAAGUACCAACAGUUGCCGCAGACACUGCUGAAAAAAACAACGGUAUUGCUGCUGAAUUUCUAAGUUGGGCUACACAGGAAGAAGAAAGACUAGGGCCUUGAAAAACCAAAAGGCAAUUUAUAUCCCUUGUCCAGGUGGAGCAGUGUGAGGUCCUGGAGGGAUAGGGGGUGACUGAAAGUGGGUACAUAGUCUUUUUGGUUUCUGGAGAUAACUCAUCAAUAAAAGCUGCUUCCUCUUGUG